UAGCAAAAAAGGUGGACACUUUAGAUUGACAGUAAGUACAGUGUCUGAAUAGCUUCAGGUACUAAAUUCGAGCAAUCGCUUCGUCAACAAUCGGCCGGAACAUCGAUUCAGAUUGGUCUUGAACGAAUAUAGAAGAGGAGCGUGGUAAUUUUGAAGGAGGAACAGCAGGAGAGAAAAAUGGGCCACACUAAAAUACAGAAUAGCGCCAUUAGGGGACCUCACGAGAAUUUCAGCAAGGACAAAAAUGGAAACGCAUCGUCAGGAUAUCAGCAGCAAUCGCAGCAGCAGCAGCAGCAGCAGCAGCAGCAACAGUCGACGAACAAAAAGGACAAGUACGGCUCCUGGGGACCGGUGUAUAAGAACAAACAGAACUUCAUUGACAUGCACAUUUGCUAAUGUCUCUUCAAAGGGAGUCCAGUUAUAUCAGGAUUAAUGGUUCCGCGAGUGUGCGGCUUCAAAGAACAGAUCCUUCCUCGAUGAUCUAAAUUAGCGGCUUAGGAAUUUUUACAGCGAUGUUCAGACGAAUAAAGAGAUGAUCCCA